AUGCCUGUUUAUGCAAAAUUCAUGAAGGGUCUCUUGUCAAACAGACAUAAGCUCAGAGAGAUGGAAACAGUAGCUUUAACUGAAGAGAGUAGUGUUGUGAUCAAAAAGGGAUUGUCGUCUAAAGUUAAAGAUCCGGGGAGAUUCAGUAUCUCUUAUACGAUCAGGAAUGUUAAAGUAGGGAGAGCUCUAUGUGAUUUGGGAGUCAUUGUCAACUUGAUGCCCCUAUCUUUUGCACAAUCUUCGGAGAUUACGGAGAUAAAAUCUACCUUGAUGUCUCUUCAAUUUGCUGAUCGAUCCAUCAAGAUGCCAAAAGGAGUGCUAGAAGAUGUCCUUAUAAAGUCAUCAGAACUAUUGAAUGAUGAUUUGCUUACCGAGGUAGUUAAAGAUAUAGACACAACUGAUGUUUCAAGUGCACUAGAAGAAGAGUCAGUUGAGCUGACUAGGAAACCUGAAGAUAAGUCUAUAGUUAGUCCCAAGUUGGAGUUGAAAGAACUUCCUUCAAACUUGAAGUAA